AUGUUAAGCUCAACUACAUUUGGGGAAACAGAUACAGAUGUUAAGUGUGGUGAAACUCAUGUUGAUGAUCAUGUUGGUGGACAUGUGGGGAGUGAAGUUAAUGGUGAUUAUGUUGGUGGACCUGGGGAGGAGGGAAAGUACAUGACCACAUUGAUAAGUGCGACUGCAGUUGGAACUUGGAUCCGAUGUCACCAGGAAUCGGGAAAUGAUCCAGCAGCGGAGAGUAGGGGUCCACAGCCAACUCCCAAACGGGUCCCAUCCCAGGAAAAUCCAGUCAAGGCAUGCCACAGUUUUGGUAGUGGGGUUUGUAUUAAAGAUUUCAACUUGAAGGAGAAGGAUAAUAGAGAGAUGUACGUGGUUCCUCCUCCGAAGAGGCCCGAUCCGCUAUCCGGAUCCACUGAUGGGUCGGAUACCCUCCGGAUUUACCAGACUUGGAAAGGCAGCAAUAAAUUUUUGCUUCAAGGAAGGUUUAUAUUUGGGCCGGAUGCAAGGUCAUUGGGGCUCACCAUAUUCCUGAUUGUGGCUCCUGUCGUUGUUUUUUGUUUAUUUGUUGCUAGAAAGUUGGCGGAUGAUUUUUCACACCACUGGGGAGCAUCAAUUAUGGUUGUCGCCAUUGUUUUCACAUUUUAUGAUUUAAUUCUUCUCCUACUAACUUCUGGAAGAGAUCCAGGUAUAAUUCCUCGUAAUGCUCACCCUCCAGAACCUGAAGGUUACAAUGGAAGUGCAGAAGGUGCGCAGACCCCACAGUUACGCUUGCCUCGCAUUAAGGAAGUUGAGGUUAAUGGCAUUACUGUGAAGAUUAAGUACUGCGACACAUGUAUGCUUUAUAGACCUCCUCGCUGCUCUCACUGUUCCAUAUGUAAUAACUGUGUUGAACGAUUUGAUCAUCACUGCCCUUGGGUGGGGCAGUGCAUUGGACUGAGGAACUACCGCUUCUUCUUCAUGUUUGUCUUCUCGACGACUCUUCUUUGUAUAUAUGUUUUCAGUUUCUGCUGGGUUUACAUAAAAAGGAUUAUGGUUACUGACGAGAUAUCAAUAUGGAAAGCAAUGGUCAAGACCCCCCCUUCUAUUGUUUUAAUUAUCUACACCUUUAUAUCAGUUUGGUUUGUUGGUGGUCUUACUGCAUUCCAUCUGUAUCUCAUCAGUACAGAUCAGACUACUUAUGAGAAUUUUAGAUAUCGGUAUGAUCGGCGUGCCAAUCCCUACAACAAAGGAGUUGUGCAGAACUUCGUGGAAAUAUUUUGCAGUCCUGUCCAUCCAUCUAAGAACAAUUUUAGGGCAAAGGUACAAAGGGAACCUGCUUUGCAGGCUCGAUCUGUAGGUGGUGGUGGUUUUGUUAGUCCAAAUAUGUGUAAAGCAGUGGACCACAUUGAGAUGGGAAGGAAGGCAGUGUGGGGAGACGUCAGUGCUGUCUUGGAUCAACACGAAGGGCAAUUGAGUGACAAUGAUGGCUUAAACAUUAAGGAACGUGGAUUAGGUGAAAUGUCCCCAGAGAUAAGGAACACUGUAGACGAGGGUGAUCGAGCUGGAAUACAUCCCAGGAGAUCCAGUUGGGGAAGGAAAAGUGGAAGCUGGGAAAUGUCACCUGAAGUUCUCGCUUUGGCAUCUAGAAUGGGAGAAUCGAACACAUCUGGAGGAAGCAGCAUAAGGAGAGUCAAAUCACUUCAAGCGAAUAUGUACAAGAAUCAGCUACAAGAACUUGCUCAAAGAAGCUGUUUCAAUCUCCCUUCAUAUGCCUGCAUAAGAGAAGGUCCUGAUCAUGCUCCAAGAUUCAAAGGUUCUGUCAAUUUCAAUGGAGAAGUUUUUGAAAGUCCUACUUACUGCACCACUUUACGGCAGGCCGAGCACGCCGCGGCUGAAGUGGCUCUCAAUACCCUCUCUGCCAGAGGUCCUUCAAGAUCCUUAACAGCAAGAGUUCUUGACGAGACUGGAGUGUAUAAGAAUCUCCUUCAGGAGACUGCUCACAAAGCUGGACUGGAUCUUCCUUUGUACACAACUAUUAGAACAGGUCCUGGUCACGUUCCCGUUUUUACUAGUACAGUAGAGCUUGCUGAUAUGAGUUUUACUGGUGAAUCAGCCAAGACAAAGAAGCAAGCUGAGAAGAAUGCUGCAAUUGCUGCCUGGUCAUCUUUGAAAACAAUGCCAAAUUUUGAUUCACUGUCUCAGACAAGCAUGGAAGUCGAAAACCGGGAAGGGGACGACGAAGAUCGAGUAAUAGUUGGUAGAGUGCUUUCCAAUCUUGGACGCAAAGAUGAAAUUAGAGCAAUCAGGAGAAAGGAUCAUAUUCAUCAGAAUCAACCCAGAAAAAGAAUGCAGAGGACUUUUAGAGAUAAUGCUACAAACAGUUCUGGUUCUGCACAGCAACAACAAUGGAGGUUAAUGGAUCUGUUUUCAGAUUCUAAUUUGGAAAAAUCAAGGCAAAAACAGAACAGUUUCCUAUCUUUGCUCCCUCCUCCACCACCCAGAACAAUGUCAAAAAUCUUACCCCCAAGUUUGUCCACAAAUUGUCAAGCUUUCUAUCAAACAGAACCAAAGCCUUCCCCAGCACAAAUCAUGAAGAAUUCACAAGCUGAACUUCAAGAAAUGUUAGCCAUUGUGGAAAGGGACAAGGAUGAAUUGCUCAAUGGUAUAUCGAAGUUCAUCAAGAAGCCUAUUGAAAUGAGCAAUAAUGGGAAGCUCAACAUUUCAUUGCCUGAUCAAAUAGCAGAUGCUGCAAGAACAACCUAUAUUAGAACCAGCCUUGUUGGACUAACUCCGUCUAAAAUUGCAGUUCCUGCAAUCAAAGGUUGGUCUAUAUUCACAGAAUGUCCACAAAGAACAGCUCCAGCAGUUCAAAUGAGGUCAGUGAUCCCAGUAUGUGCAGCACCACCACCAAAUCCAGUAAUACUGAGACCCUCCUCUUCACCAAGAAACGAAUCUGUUUCUGCACAAGUUAGCCCUGCAUUUAGCAAGCUAAAGCUAUGA